UGUUCCUACAUUUAAAGCCUAUUUUUUUUCUCUCCUUUUUUUUCUUCUUUCUUUUUCUCUCUUCUUUAUCAAUAUGUGGAUGAGGUUUGUUUAUUAUUUAUUAUAAAACGCAUGAAUAUUUGACACUUUAUCAUCUUGGCAGUACAGCCAGUGUUAGUAGCAGCGAUAGCAGUGAACCAAAAGAAAUAAAGAACAGUAUGCUUUCAUCCAGAAUACCUGCUUCACCCAUCAUUAUGCAACAGCGACUAUCUCCACCACAACCUACAGCCAGCACAUCACUGGAUCAUUUAUGGUCAAAACAAGAGAAAUUUGAUAGUUUAGAAUUAAGGCUGUUAGCACUAGAAGAUUCAGAGAGACGGUUUGAGUACCGGCUACAGUUAUUAGAACAAGGCCAACCUAUGAAACCUGAUCAACAGGAAGAAAAAGAAAAAAAAGAAGAAGCAAAAGAUUAUGUGCAUUUAUACCAUGCUCUAUUAGAAAAAUAUAAUUCGUUACAGCUUGAAUAUAAAGAAAAAGAAAUGUAUUAUCAAAAGACAAUUGAUGAAUUGACUUGUUCUCUCAAGAACGAAAAGGAACAUCAAGAUGAACCAUUUUAUAGAGAAGAAGAUGGCUAUCUCAUAUUUGAUUCUACCAACAUGAAUGGCGAAAUAACACAUUGUAGAGUCAAGAUACCGUCACACAAUAACAUCUACCGUAAACAACAACAACAACAACAACAACAACAACAACAACAACAACAAGAUUUCUUGGUAUCUCCUCCUACAACUCAUAUUGGAUCACCACAAUAUCUUGUACCUUUAAAAAAGGGCCUGAAUCCACAUGCACCAGAAUGGAAGAAGAAGAGACAUAUUUAGGUCAUGCAAAAGAUGCAGGCAUC